GAUUCUUGGCAGUAUCCACUGGGGAGUCAUGCACACGGUGUAGAGUACCAAAAAUUUUCAAAAAUAUGGUGAAAAUAGUAAUCAUCCGCUUCAUUCAUCGGGAUAAAUUUACAGAAUUAAAUUCCUAAGAAAUGCCAUUCCGUUCUAAUUUUCCAUUUUCCGGAGAACCGAUUAAGAAAAAUGAAAAAACGAUUGAUAACUCGUCUUAACAGUCUAUACACCCGGAAAACCUCAACUAAAUAAUGAAAUUGGGGAGAAAAGUGAGAAACUGUGUGAAUCAAUAAAAUAUUUGUUACGCAAAACACAAAAAUAAAUGACAAGGGCGAGAAUGGAGGAGCUCUGAAGAUGAAUUUAUCCCGAUUAAUCGUCACUAGAUACCAAAGUGCUUAGUAUGGACCCCCAUAUGGCUCAGACAUCAUCUUUCCCCAGGAAAAAAUGGUCCCGCAAGCGUGGACGACUCGAGAGGGAUUUACCAGCCACCCCUCCGGAUCCCACCCCAUCCCCCAGGAAUUCCCCAGGUGUAUCAGCACCACCAGUGGCUGUUCUGAAUGUCGAUGAUGCAUUUGAUCACCUGUCCAAGCUCUACAGCCUUGUUGAGCAAAUAGUCGAGAUGAGAAAUAGAAGUUCAAAGACAUUCAACAAAGUCCGUCAGCUGGAGCGUGUGAAAACCCUGAAGAAAGUUAACAGUGAUUUGGAGAAGGCACUGUCAACAGGUCACCACGUACCCCUGCCCGACGAAGACGUGGGAUUUGCAGAGUCUCUGUUGGGUGCCAUGUUGGCUAGUAGUUUUGAGGUGCCUCGGCGAAACUCCAACAUCAACAGAGCCUCGUCAUCGGCGAUGAGAGGAGGAAGUUUAUCGGUGAGCAUGGAGCAGAGAAGAGUCUCCUGUCCGAUGGCGGUUGAAGUGCCAAAAAGACACUCUGCGAGACCAAUUGCCAGAACUUUUUCAACUACUGCGGAGGCUACUCAGAAGAAGAGACCUUCUCUGGUCAUUGGACUACCCAAAGUGUCCAAAUGGACCCGGGUGAAGGCCGCUUUCAGGUGGGAAAGAGCUGCCUGCAACGCGACAGAAGUCCCCCUCGAGGCCGGGACUCCUACGAAAUUACUCAAUAUACCGGAGGGUAAUGCGGGCAUCAGUGAAGUAUCUGGGCCCUCGACACCCGCUGGAACUAUUUCUUCGUCUUCGUCUAUUGAUGACGUCUUUCACAGACCACGGAUUGACAGCAAUCAUCAGAGAACGGAAAUUGAUGAUUCAGAUCCAUCAAGAAGAAGUCGAUCAUUAGAUGGAGAAGCACUGGUUCCAACGACAUUCAAUUGCCAGCGAGAAAAGGAUUCUCUAAACGCUGGGAAAAUCGAGUGCCGGAUGCCGAAAACCCCGUGGGGAAAAAUGAAGGACAUGAUGCAGCUUCGCCGUGACAGCUUGGGAAGACAAACAAGCAGAAAUUCGCGAAAUGAAGACAACCAUUCAACAUCAAGUUUAGACUCAGCUGAUUUACACAGAACAGAGAACGAUGGAAGAGCGCCCCGGGUUCGAAUCACGUCAGAUCCAUCAGGAUCAUCAAUGAGCAUUGCCAAGUCUCGAGUCCAGCUGUCUGAAUUCAAGGACAUUGCUUCAAGAAGACUCACACCAAUGUUAACCAUAACUGUCCCCUCGAGUGAAGAACUGAGAAGUAUAUCUUCACCCGAAUCAAUAACUCCACCACCUCCAAGACACUUGUCAGGGAAAUCAUCACCAGGAGGUGAAAUCGCACGGGAUAAAACGGGUCAGAUUUCUCCGGGUUUGUCGGGACCUGGAGGAAUCCUCAAGUAUGGACUGGGUAGAUCUAAAACAUCGCAGACUGUUUCCAGCGACUUGAAACAUCAGCAGCUGUUGACUGGAGACUCUCUGGGAUCUUCACCAAAGAUGCAGAGGAGAAAUUCCAAAUGGAAUAAAGUGAAGAGGGCGUUCCUGACUAGUGCUACGUCAGUCCCCACGAGUCCUAGCAGAAUUUCGUCCUAUUUUUUCGAUGACGGUGAGGCAACGACGGGGAGUUACAGUGCUAGUGCAAGUGCUGAGGACCUGGACAACGAGGGAUCCCCCAAUCCUGCCGUGCAAGCGGAGAUUCAAAGAAACUAUCGACUUCUUCAUGACAAAUUAGGGGCUGAAUUUUACCGAAAAUUGGCUGAAUGGGACAAGGUAAAAUCGUCAAACGCGAAGGACUCAUUGCGAUUAGUUCGUGAUAAAGAUGUGGACAGUCUUCGGCUACUGAGUGAAGAAAAGUUGACCCCUGAGUUUAAGAAAAAAUUGGAGGAAUGGAAGAAAAUGAGCAAGGGUGGCAUAUCUCCAGAGCCCCGUGCUCUCGGAAAAAGGAGAUUAACAGAUUGGCAGCUCUGGAGAUCCCCUUCGAAGAUGGAGAACAAGCCAGAGUCACCAGGAAAACUCUCCGACGAUUUUGUGAAAAAAAUGGAAGGUUGGACGAGAAUAAAAGCCGCGGCGCGAAAGGACCUGGAUCAUGAUGUGAAGAGGAUUGAAGCUGAAGAGGAAAAGCAUGAGGAGGAUGAAGUCGUGGCGGAGGAGCAGGGAGAGCAAGAGGAUGCUCGUAUCAAUGAGUUGAUGAAUCGAACUAAAUUUUCGGAGAGAUUUAAAUCGUGGAAGGGCUUGGAGGACGAGGAGUUCAAGUCACUUGGAAAAAUUAUUAGCAAUAUGGAGAGAGAUCAACAAACAAGAUUAUCAAAGUUGCAUAGAGUCGUUGGCUCAGCACCAGAGAAAACUCAAGAAAUACUAAUUCACACGUCAACUGGAUUAUAUCGAUUUGAAGGUAUAUCUCGACAAUUUACGAGAAAAUUGUACGAGUGGGAAAAGAGCCAGGGAAUAGCACCGGAAUGUUCGACAUUUCGUCUACUCGAUCCUUUGAGAUACGGCAUAAGCUCGAGACCCAGAUUAAUGAUGCACGCAGAUGUUGUUGCUGAACGUAAGCCUUCGAGGAUCCUCAAUCGAUCAAAAUCAGUGGGUAGUAUUCAGGUGGAUAGCUUUACCACCAGUGAUGGCAAAUCUCAAGCACGACCACCCUCCAGUCUCUCCUUGAAUGAUAUCGACAGUUUAGAUACCAGAAGUUGCAUGGUAGGAUCUGUUCCAACAAUUCCAGAUGAAGAAGACACGUCGGAGGAUAUUGCUCUUGAUGAUUCGGAAGUCGAUCCUGAGUUAGAGCCUGAAGCGAUGAUUAUCGACAUCGAGGACGUUGUGGAGGAAACAGCAAGUCCAAUGGCAAAGUAUCAACCACAUCAGACACCGGUCUAUAGUGUUGCCGGAAGUGAAACAACCAGUAUAGCAAUUCCUCUUGGAACUGUCACAUCAAGCCACGAACCAUCACCUGCUAUUCUCAUUCAACCUGAUGAGAUUCAUCCAAUUACAGCACAGGCUUGCAUAGUUGAGGAAGUUGAUGAUGAUCAUGUGGGAGUUAUUAGAAUAUCUGAAGUCACGUCGAGAUAUGGAGAAGGUGCUGAUGAAGAGAGGCAUUGCUCCUUAGGAGAUGACGAAGGCUGUGAGAUUAUCGACAGCUGGAUUGGUAAAUUACCUGGCAAGAGACCAAUGCCGGUGAAUACCUCACGCCGACAAAACGGCUCUCUCCCAUCGCCUGCCGACCUUCACAAGAUGGCAGUACCAACCACUGAAAAUAGCAAGGAUGUGGAAUCGGUAACAAGGAACCGUAAUCGAACCGACGAAGAUGGAGACGCUAUAACAGAAGUGGUAAUAACUGUUGCCAGUAAUUCAAGACACACGAGAAAGUACCUGAAGACACGUCGACUAACCGAUACCCAGAUUGGCUACGAUCAUCGUCAUACCUCCUCCAAUGAAUUUCAAGUAAAUGAACCCCAAUUAGCCUUAACUGGGAGAAAACAAUCACCAGAACGAAUUAAUGAUUAUCCUGAAGGAUCUCAUCGGGAGAAGAUCAAAAUCAAUGAAAAUACAUUAAACAAAAUAGUUGUGCCAACGAAUUCAGGAACAAUUUCAAUGGUGGACGAGGUAUCGGUGAGAUUGAAGUUGAAAAAUCAAGAUGAUUCAGAUAAUAAGAAAGAAAAGAGAGAUCCGUCGAGUGUUUUUGUAAAAACAAAGAGAAUUGUAUUUUCCCCGUUCAGACGAACAUCGAAAUCUUCGUCACUAUCAGUUACCCCUGAAACGGAAUCUGCACCAGAUCCUCCGAUGGCCCUAGAAACCCCGCCAGAGAGGAAGAAAAUUCACGCACCUCCGUCACCGAUUCCAACGCGAAAAGAAUAUAAAACAGCUUCUCCUAAAGAGACAGCCCCCAGUAUCAGAAUGAUGAUAAAAAAAUAUAAUGAAAAAAUCGAAUCUUCGGGAUCUGGUAUGGGACCAGGUUCAGCUACGAGCAGCGGAAGUGGUUCACCGAUCUGGCGAUCUCCCGUUAGUGAACGACGAAUAACGACCAGAAUGGAGAAGUAUCAGGAGGAAGUGAGGAAGGCCAUAGCAGGGCCCAGUAUAUUUGGUAUAUCAAAAAGUUCAACCAUUGAUUUUGCCAAGGCCCGAAGGACAGACGAACCUCUUAAUUUACUCAAUAAUGUGGUGAGGAGUGAGACAGCCCCACAGAUACCCCAGAUCGGAAUCGACAAAUUAAGAGAACAGGGAAAAGGUACGUCCACAACAUCCGUGAGAGCCUUGAUGAUUCGACGAGCUAAGGAGGAGUUUCUCUCGCGCGAUUUAAAUAAAAAUAAUAUACCAGAUAGCGAAUGUAUUCAACCGAUUGAUGAAAAUAAUAAAACUUGUUUCAAUUCAGUUGAAACAAUUGCUAGAACUGACCUAGUCAAGUCAGCAAGUGUUGGAAUGAUUAAUAUUGAUUCGGAGGCCUUUGAGAGACUUCAAACAGCCGAUUCACUCAUAUUAACCAGAAAUUGUGAUUCAUUGCCCCGAUCCGCUGAUCAUCUUCGUCAGCAGGUUGACAAAUGUGGUAUCAAAGAGUCGAGAUUUCAUCAGUUAGCGAGUAAAUUCAGACGAGCAAAAUUAAAACGAUCGAAGGAUAAGGAGGCGAACAUGAGUACAGUAACAAUGCUCUGUAGACAGAGUUUACUUGUAGAUAUUGCCAAUGGGGAAGGAUCAAAAAGUUGUCCAACAACUCCAUCGCCCCACUAUGAUAACGAGGAUGAAAAGAUAGGACCUAAUCUUGUGCGCAAAAGCAAAUAAUAUUUUACUGUUAAAAAUUAACAAUGGAUUUUCAUUGAUUUAACGUUUAGUACGUCAUAUGCUUGAACGUUUGUAUCUUUAUAAAAUUCAUUGACAUGAGAAUAAAUGUAUAUUAACUCAAAUAUCCUGUCAAUUGGUCUC